AUAUCAUAUGCCAUUGCCUAUUUACUUCUCCAUGGCGCUUCUAAUUCAAUGCCUUGUCCUUCUCAUGAUGCAGCAAUCCCUUAAUGCCCAGCCUUCUCCAGGCUUCUAUCCAAGUUCUAGGAUAAGGCCAUUGCGAUUCUCUAGAGCCUACAAUAAUCUCUGGGGUCCUCAGCAUCAAGCAGUCUCCCCGGACCAAUCCUCUGCCACAAUCUGGCUUGAUAGAAGUUCAGGAAGUGGAUUCAAGUCGAAGCGACCGUAUCGAAACGGCUACUUCGAAGCUUCCAUCAAACUGCAAUCUGGCUACACUGCCGGCGUCAACACAGCUUUCUACCUAUCGAACAAUGAAGCCCAUCCCGGUUUCCAUGAUGAGGUUGACAUAGAGUUUCUCGGCACAACUCCAGGUAAGCCAUACACUAUGCAGACAAAUGUCUACGUCAGAGGCAGUGGUGACGGCCGGAUUAUUGGGCGUGAAAUGAGAUUCCACCUCUGGUUCGACCCCACCGCCGACUUCCACCACUAUGCCAUUCUGUGGAACCCCGAUGAGAUCAUAUUUUUCGUCGAUGAUGUCCCGAUAAGAAGAUAUGGAAGGAAGACGGAAUCAACGUUUCCGGGAAGGCCAAUGUGGAUUUAUGGCUCCAUUUGGGAUGCCUCGUCGUGGGCUACAGAGAAUGGCAGGUACAAGGCAGAUUACAGGUACCAACCCUUUGUUUCGAGGUUCAGCAACUUUAAGAUUGCUGGAUGCUCCGCUUUUGCGCCGUGGAGUUGCCAUCCGACGUCCUCUUCCCCGUCUGGCGACGGCCUCAGCCCUCAGCAGUACGCUGCAAUGCAAUGGGUUCAGAGGAACCACAUGGUUUACUACUACUGUCAGGAUUACAGCAGAGAUCGUUCCUUAACGCCUGAGUGCUGAAUUAAAAAAGCUCAUGAGAUCGAUGGCUAUCUUUAGUGUCUGAAUGAUCCACUGCCACGUUUCAUCUUCAAUUACUUUCCUGUCAGGAAGGGCUGCCCUGCUACUCUUUUAGUGGUUGAGGCGUUGUGGUCCUAGUGCAUUUCAUGAACUUGUAGUGUUGUUGGUCCAUGUGAAAGUAUUGUGUUUGGCAUUCAAGACAUCUGCAAGUAUUUAUAAAAUUUAAAAUAAAUCGAAUAUAGUUUGCUCCCUGAUUGUUUAA